AUGGACAUCUUCAUAGACGAAGAAAUAAAUGGAAGUGAUGAAAAUGAGGCGGUGCUACUAGAGAUUGAUGACCUGCUGGCUUUUAAGGACCCGCCUCCGCAGAGUAGGAAGGGGGGACAUAGAAGAGGUGAAAAAGGGGAAGGAACAAACUACAAACAAGGUCGAGCACAAGGUGGUGCACAAAGUGGCACGCAAAAUGGAAAACAACGUAGCAAGCAUAAUGGCCAACCGAACCAAGCUGGGAGGUACCCCCAGUGGGAAGACAAAAAGGUUAACAUUCCCCAUCGCGAUAGAGAGGACAUCACCGAUGAUGCGAAUGAAUGGUUAAUAAAAAAGGGAGACCUGAGUGGAAACCACCUCACACACUAUGAGGGGGAAGCUGAUUCGCUGGCUGCAAAGCACGGGGAUCAAAACGCCCACUCGCAACCCCCCAGGAGCAAAUAUUACCCAUCCUACAGCUACCCCGUCAUUGCCAACAUGUAUGGAAGAGCAAAACGGUGCUACGGAAACAUAGUAGAUGGAGUGGCAGAAAAGUUCAUUGGGAAUAUACAGCGCGCUGAUGGUGGUUGUGAUGGUUUCUUUUACUACAAGAGUCACACGUCGUUCGAUUUUUUGCAGAUCCUUGCGAACCGUCUGUACUACUCCAGGGGUACCAUGUACUUGUACUUCCUUGUGAUUGUCCUUAACCUUUUCAUUCUUGGGUAUACCGCAUACACAAAGAUGGUUAGUCUGUUUGUGGUCCUCUCGGAGAUGUUCGUUAUACUGAUGCUGGUGUUGGAGGUUUGUCUGCGCUUGGCUACGCAGGGCCGCAGCUACUUCCACAAUUUCGAGGGGCUGUUCGACGUGACCGUGACGACCAUGUGCUUCCUGCUGCUAAUCAGCAGCGGGGACCUGAAGGUCUUUUACCAGGCGGAGAUUAUCAAAACGAAGAACAAAGAAGUGGAGGAAAUAAUUUCGCAGAGCCUCACCGUUUUGCGCUUCUCUUUUCAGCUCUUCCGGACGCUCACCCUGUUUAUGCACUACGAGCGGGUCAAGGCGCCAAGCGAGAACAUUGACUUUUCAGUUCUAAACUUGCCCCACGAGGAGGAAGAGGAAGAUGAUUAUGUCAUCUAA